AUGGCUAAGGCAGCAGCGUGGUGCCUGGUGGUGCUGGUGGCGGUGGCCCUGAUGGCGGCGGAGGCAGACCCCGGCAGCCCCUACUACAAGAGGCCCUACUCCUACAACCAGCAUGGCGGUCACGGCAGCCACUCUUCUCACGGCCAGGGCUUCGUCGGUAUCGGUUCCGUAGGGCACGGCGGCCACUCUUCUCAUGGUCACGGUUCCGUCGGGCUGGGCUCUGUCGGACACGGAGGACACGUCUCUUCCUUCGGCCAGGGUGGCGGGAAGCUCGGCGGCCAAGGCUCUUUUGGGCACCUCGGCGGCCGCGUGAAGGGCGUACACGGCGGUAAGCACUACCACCACUAG